AUGGCGACCGGAGGUUGGGUGGCAGAUCUUGACAAGGAAGAACACAAAAACUGGGUUUUGGUUGGAUGCGCUCUGAACAUUGCCAAAAAUGGAAUUUCACCAAAAAUCCAAAAGGAAAUGGAAGCCUGGUACCGAAACCUCAUUUCAAGCCCUCCGCUCCAAUCUCUUUCACCAUGCACUUGUCCAUCUCGUGCUGCCAAAUGUGCUUCUUGUACUACAUGGGAAGCGGAAUUGUCACGUCAUCACAUGGCACCACGACCAAAGAUAUGCUGGAACAACAGUGACAAAAAUCAAUGGGGAUCUCCGGCUGGGGCGUGGGAAAUAGCUAAACUCUUCAUGCCAACUCUUGGAACCAGGAAAAUGGAUGUUGUCGACGCUGAAACAACGGACAUUGGUGGUCUCCUAAACUUAAUGGAAUGGUGUCCUUUUCUCACUCCCCCAGUAAAUAAAACAGUUCUAUGUGCAGCGAGAGAUGAGUGUAGGAAUCAUUGGGCGCAUUCUCCAAAGCAAGAGAUUCAAGAUGUCGAUGUGCCAACCAUAUUUUCGCAUCUGAAUAAUUUGUUGAGUGACCCAGUGUUUAAUGCGGACAAAGAUGCCCAAAAGGCUUCGCAACACUUGCAAGACUUAUUCCAUCAAGGUCUGGUCAAUGUCAGGAAUUCUGAAAUGGAGGCCCUUCAUUUGCUACGUCAGUCGCUUGCAUCAGAUCUGACAAAAUGCCAAGGUGAUUUAACUGAUGUUCAGACGAAAGUUGCUCAAGUAGAUGCAGAGACUAAGAAAUUGUACAUGGCAGCUCAGAAAGAUUUGUCUGACGUAGAAAAAAUAGCUGGUGUGAACAAAGACGACAUUGGUGCGUUAAAAGCACAAGCGGAGAAACUUGAAGUCGAUAUUCAGAGCGACUUAUCUGAAGUAAAAGAACAAGGUGACCUCAACAGGGAAGACAUGCGCGAGUUGAGGGAGGAGCUGGAAACUCAGUUAAGAGAUGUAGAGGCCUACCUCUCCACUGAGAGUGCGAGUGUAAAAAGUGCAGUGCAAAAGGUAACCAUCAAGAUGAAUACAACCGAAACCAAGAUUUCUGGCUUACAGAAGGAUUUCAUGGAUGUAAAGGAAGUGGUGGAUAGCUUCAAAGAUAAUGGUUUUCAAGCAGAGACGGGCAAUGACGAGGACAUAUUUUGCACCGCACCAAGUAGGUUACCUUCAUUUACUGGGCGCACAACAGCUCUGAGUUGGCUUGAAAAGAAUCUUGUUCUGGAGAGUAGUGUUCAAAGUGAUGCAAAAACUUCCUGUUCUACAAAAACGAUAUGCGGGCUUGGCGGCUGUGGCAAGACGUCACUGGCUGUAGAAUUCGCGUGGAUUAACAAAAGUCGAUUCCCGGGAGGCGUGUUCUGGAUCAACGGUGAAAGCGAUGAUAAUAUACAUAAAUCAGUUGCUGAGAUUCUUGCUCUUAAGAAUAUUUUCACUCCAAAGAGCGCCAAUAUGGAUGAAACAUUGACCCGUUUCCUGACGUGGUUGUCGAAUAAGGAGCUCCCAUGGCUUCUUGUUGUAGACAAUGUAGAUGAGUUACAAGACCCAACGUGCCCAACAGGUGUUAAGAAGAUAUGCAAAGGACCUUGGCAAAGAAAUAGUAAAUCACCUAAGCGAGCCACAUACUACUCACAACCAGACAAAAUGCCAGAGAUGCAAGAGCUUUCUUGA